CUGCCGGUAACUCUGGAACAACUACGUUCAAGUCAAAUCGGAUUCAUUAUCAGAUUCUACAAUAUUUGUCCUGGAAUAGCCGAAAGAAUUCAGCGAAAGGCCGAAAAAUUAGUGCAAAAAUGGUCUCGAUUAAUCUUUAAUCUCUCAGAUGAUUAUCGAAACAGGCCUGUUGAAACUGUUGUAUAUGAUCCUGAGGCAGCAAGAGCAAGGAAUUAUUCUGAUGAAAGCAUACUAAGAAAAGUAAACGAGGAAAUGCGUACCGAAGCGGAAACAUCAUCUUCUACACGUGUACGCGCUCGUAUUCCGAUAAGAGAGCCACGCGAAUACCGAUUUGUGCCCGUGGUCAAGAAUCCUGUUUCUGUUGAGUCGAAGAAGAAGCCGAAAUACACUGGUGUCUAUAAGCGUCUCAAUCGAACAAUGACAGCACUUUCACGUAACAAGUGA